AUGGAAUCUGUUAUUCGUUCUUCUGCCAAGAUCUGUCCAUUUAUGCACUCUGCCACUGGAUCAAUGCAGAGUGUCAAGGCUUUGAAGAAUGCGAACUUACCAGCUAUCGCUCAACAAUGUCCAUUUAUGGGUAAGGCUAUGGAACAACGUAGGGGUUAUGCUUCUAGUGCUUCUGGAGCCUCUGCUGCCGCUGCCGCUACUGCUACUGCAAGCACAAGCGCUUCUAAUUCUAAUUCAUCCGUUGAAGCUUCUGCUUCUGCAGAUGUAGUCGAUCAUGCCACUAAGGAAGCGUCUUUUGAUUACCAAGGUUUGUUCGAUUCUGAUUUGGCUAAGAAGAGAAUGGAUAAGUCUUACAGGUUCUUCAACAAUAUCAACCGUUUGGCUAAGGAGUUCCCAAUGGCUCAUAGAAAGCUAGAAGAUGACAAGGUUACUGUUUGGUGUUCUAAUGAUUAUUUGGCCUUAUCUAAGAACCAAGAGGUCAUUGAAGUGAUGAAAAAGACAUUGGAUAAGUACGGUGCUGGUGCUGGUGGUACCAGAAAUAUUGCUGGUCAUAAUAAACACGCGUUGCAAUUGGAAGCUGAAUUGGCUACUUUACACAAGAAGGAAGGUGCCUUGGUUUUCUCCUCUUGUUUUGUUGCCAACGACGCUGUCAUCUCAUUGUUAGGUCAAAAGAUCAAGGACUUGGUCAUUUUCUCUGACGAAUUAAACCACGCUUCUAUGAUUGUGGGUAUCAAACAUGCUUCGACCAAGAAGCACAUUUUCAAGCAUAACAACUUGGACCAAUUGGAAGAGCUGUUGGCUAUGUAUCCAAAAUCUACUCCAAAAUUGAUUGCAUUCGAAUCCGUUUACUCCAUGUCUGGUUCCGUUGCUGAUAUUGAUAAGAUCUGUGAUUUGGCUGAAAAGUACGGCGCUUUGACUUUCUUAGAUGAAGUUCACGCUGUUGGUUUGUAUGGUCCACAUGGUGCAGGUGUCGCUGAACAUUGCAACUUUGAUGCUCACCGCAAGGCUGGUAUUGCUUCUCCUGAAUUCCGCACCGUUAUGGAUCGUGUUGAUAUGAUCACUGGUACCUUGGGUAAAUCUUUCGGUACUGUUGGUGGUUACGUUGCUGGUUCUUUGCAGCUAAUUGACUGGGUGAGAUCUUAUGCUCCUGGUUUCAUCUUCACCACUACUUUACCACCUGCUGUCAUGGCAGGUGCUGCUGAGGCUAUCAGAUACCAACGUUCUCAUUUGGACUUGAGACAAGACCAACAAAGACAUACAACCUAUGUUAAAGACGGUUUAGCUGAUUUGGGUAUUCCAGUGAUGCCAAACCCAUCUCAUAUUGUUCCAGUUUUGGUUGGUAACCCUCACUUGGCCAAACAAGCAUCUGAUAUCUUGAUGGACAAGCAUCGUAUUUACGUCCAAGCCAUCAACUUCCCAACUGUCGCUAGAGGUACCGAAAGGUUGAGAAUUACCCCAACUCCGGGCCACACUAACGAUCUAUCUGACAUCUUAAUGGAUGCUUUGGAAGAUGUCUGGUCCACUCUACAAUUACCAAGGGUACGUGACUGGGAAGCCCAAGGCGGUUUGUUGGGUGUUGGUGAUCCAAACCACGUUCCCCAACCAAACUUAUGGACGAAGGAUCAACUGACUUUGACCAAUAAUGAUUUGCAUCCAAAUGUUAAACAGCCAAUCAUCGAACAAUUAGAAGUCUCUUCUGGUAUUAGAUACUAG